ACUUCACAAGUCUUGGCGAGUUGGCGAUUAUAGUUUUGGGGAGAGUUCAUGAGUUAAUACUCCGAUUUUUCUAUAUGAUUAUAUCGUGUGUUAGAAAACAAAAAUUCAAUGCCAAAUCUUGCCAAUUGCCAGAACAGCUGACCAAUGCUGCAUGAAAAUAAGGCUGGACCCACAGCCGGGAAUGAAGAAUGAGGAGAAUUCAUUAUGUUGCCUACUUGGUUUGCCCAGUCAUAACAGUAUUAUUCAGCCUAAUGAUAGGAUUUGUCACCAUCAUCAACAAAAAAGCUGCCAUACCAUUUACUAUGGCCACUUGUCAAGAAAGUCAAUGUAGUGGAUCAAAGUUCUGGUACUGCGGCAAGUGCAAACAUUACACUCGACGGCCUGCACACCACUGCAUUCUUUGCAAAAAGUGCUUCUACUAUCGUGAUCAUCAUUGUUUCUUUCUUGGAGGCUGUGUGUUGAGACAAAACAUGGGAAACUUCAUUCUAGUUUGUCUCUAUGCCUCGUUUUCCUGCAUUUACUCUGUGUUCACUUUGGGUCCUUAUUUGUACAAUUACUUUGUACAUGCAGAUACUACAAAGCUCAAUGUUUAUUACUUUGCACUUAACUUCUUCUUUCCAAUUACUUUAGCCAAAUUUUUGUUAGUAGGUGAUGAAAGUGCAAAUGUUUUCCUUGUUACCUUGUUUAAUGUAUCAGUUUCCAUAGCUUGUUUCUCCCUAGUUUAUGGAUUGUGGAAGCUGUUCACCUGUUUAACAGGGAGACAAAGGUACUAUCCUGAUGAUGGAAAACACCAGGAUGUAUAUCAGAUUUUUGGAAGUUAUGGAUUUCUGAAUGUCAUCUUUCCGUUCAAUGGAUUCUUACAAUCAAGAAGUAUAGAUGAAAAGUAUGAAUUAAAAAGUGUUUGAUUGGAACACAUUGGUGAAUAUGAGUGGCUUAAUACAAGUUUUAAUAUAUAUGAGGACAGUUAAAACUGUUAAACUUUGGUUUGAUUGUACAUAUAAAUAUUAUAUUUAUUAUAGAAAAGCUCUAUUAAAAUGUUGAUGAUAUAAAUUGACAAUGUCAAUAAUUGAUUGCUAUUACAUACAGAUUUAUGUAAUAAAUAAUUUACAAGAUAUGUAAAUUAAAAGUUUUAAACAAAUGUCAACUCUUUCUUGAUUUAAGUGUAUCUAAGUCACAUUCUGUCAUUCUUUCAUAGCCGCAUCAAAUCAUCUAUCAUUCAUCUUCACCGAUGGCUUCCCUCAAAUCACAUCAUAAUAUGUCACCUCAUUAUUUUUUUGAAUUGUAAAAAUUGUUUUACAAAUAAUGAUACCUUUCUGUUUUUGCUAUAGCACAUACAUAUUUACAUAGCACUCAUGCGUACACACUGAAAAAAAUCUCACACACUGCAGAUUAUUUUGAGACCAUCAAAGAGAUUUAAAAGAUCAACAUUAUUACAGUUCAGUAUGUUCAUGAUGCAAUGUUUUAAAGUCAUUUGGAUGUAUGAAGAGGCCUUCCAUUGCUUGCCACUGUGAGUAGCUGUUACUCGAGUAUUCGCCAACUACUUCAUUCUGGCCAACUAUCGGUGAACCAUAGGUUCUUCCAGUCACAGCCAAAUAUCUGUAAAUAAAGAAUUAUUUAUUUUAACUGUAUAGUGUAGUACUGUUUUUCAAUAAAAAAAUUUAGAAUAAAAUAAAUAAUGCUACUUA